GCAGCGCCGACCGGCCGAGCGUCGUCGGGACCGCCACGGUCAACCUCAGCUACACCGCAUACGAGGGCCUGCGUCUCUCCAGCGGCGUGAACGCCUUCCUGGGCAUGCGCUACGCCGCCCCGCCGCUCGGCAGUCUCAGAUGGCGCGCUCCGGUCGAGCCCGUCCAGACGGACCCCGGAACCGUGGAGAAAGCCACGACGUUCCGGCCCGUAUGCCUGGGCACCGGCGCGCCUUACCCUGCCGACGGCCAGGACGAGGACUGCCUGUUUGUCAACGUCUGGGCGCCGGCGAACGCCACGGCGCGCUCCAAGCUGCCCGUCUGGGUGUUCAUUCAAGGGGGAGGAUACGUUGCCAACUCCAACGCAAACUGGGACGGUGCCGAGGUCGUGCAACGGUCCGGCCACAGCAUCGUCAUGUUGAACUUUAACUACCGCGUCGGCCUCUGGGGGUUCCUGGCGAGCGAGCGGGUCAGGGCCGACGGCGCGCUCAACGCGGGCUUGCUGGACCAGCGGAUGCUGAUGCAGUGGGUGAAGCGACACAUCUCGGCGUUCGGCGGGGAUCCCGACCACGUCGUGAUCCACGGCGCAUCCGCGGGAGCCGGGUCCGUCGCCAUGCACCUGGUGGCCUACGGCGGCCGCAACGACGGCCUGUUCGUCGGCGGCAUGGCGGAGUCUGUCUUCUUCCCGGCUCAGCCAACUGUUGCGGAACUCGAGUACCAAUUCGACAGGGUGGUGGGCCAGACCGGGUGUGACACGGUGGCUCCGGCCCGGCAGAUGGCCUGUCUCCGCGAAAAGAACGUGGCCGUGCUGCAGGCUGCCAACCAGGCCCAGCCCUUUCCCGGACGCACGGGUCCGCCCGUGCCCUUGUUCUACUGGACGCCGUGCGUCGACGGGGACUUCCUACGGGAUCUUCCUUACCGCCUGUUUGAACGCGGCCAGUUCAUCGGGGUGCCGAUGCUGUUUGGGUCGUCUACAGACGAAGGCUCCGUCUUUGCGGUCGACGCCGCGAGCCCCUCGGACGUGGCCACCUUCUUCCGCGACAACUACCCCCUUCUCACCGCGAACGACACAUCUGCAAUCCUGGCCCGGUACCCGCAACUGCCCCCCGUGCCCCAGCACAGGCCCUGGUUCCCCACCGCCAGCCGCGCCUACGGCGAAGCAACCUUCAUCUGCCCGCAGCACAACCUGCUGCGGUCGCUCUCCAACCAGCCAAAGGUGGGCCACGGCGGCAGCAGCAGCAGCAGCCUCGGCCUGUACGCGUACCGCUACAACGUGCACGACGCCGAGAACCUGGCCGCCGGGCUGGGCGUGCCGCACCUGUUCGACGCGGCCGCCAUCUUCGGCCCGGACAGCCUCGGCCCCGGCGGCGCCCGCGCCAGCUACAAGACGUACAACGCCGCCGUGGUGCCGCUGAUGAUGGGCUACUGGCUCAGCUUUGUGCGCGCGCUGGACCCGAACGUGCACCGCAUGUCCGGGGCGCCGGUGUGGGAGUGCUGGAAUGAAGAGGGCGGUGACGCCGGGCGGAGGAUGCUGAUCGAGACGCAGGGUGCGACGAUGGAGAGCACGCCGGCUGAGGAGGCCGAGAGGUGUUCAUUUUGGCUGGCGCUGGGGCGUGAAAGGAUGGAGCAAAGGUGA